GUUUCAACAUGGAUUAGAGACCUGCGGCUCCAGGGAUCGAAGGUGGCUGUGUUCGGGGGACUCCCAGGGCAGGACCCAUGAGGAGGCGUAGAAGAUGCUCACAGCCUGUCCUCUGCUCCUCUUCCUGAUGUGGGUGAGAGUGUCCUGCAGCGCCCCGCUCUCCUUCCGAAUCGCUGCCAUUCUGGACGAUCCCAUGGAGUGCAGCCGGGGGGAGCGUCUGGCCAUCACUCUGGCCAAAGACAGCAUCAACCGCUCCACCAACCGCUCCACCACUGGCAAGCUGGAGGUCGACAUCUUCGAACUGCUGAGAGACAGCGAGUACGAGACAGGAGAGACCAUGUGCCAGAUCGUGUCCAAGGGGGUGGUGGCAGUGCUGGGUCCCUCCGCCAGCCCGGCGUCCAACUCCAUCAUCAGCAAUAUCUGCGGAGAGAAAGAGGUCCCGUAUGUGAGGGUGGCCCCUGAGGACAUUCUGAAGGUGCAGUUUCCCCGCUUCACCACCCUGAACCUGCGGCCCCCGAACACCCAUAUCAGCCUGGCCGUGGCCGGCCUCCUCAGCUUCUUCAACAGCACCACAGCCUGCCUCAUCUGUGCCAAGGCCGAGUGUCUGCUGAACCUGGAACGCCUGCUGCGUCAGUUCCUUAUCUCCAAGGAAACACUGUCCGUGCGAAUGCUGGACGACAGCCAGGACCCCACGCCGCUUCUCAAGGAGAUCCGCGACGACAAGACUGCCACCAUCAUCGUGGACGCCAACGCAACCAUGUCCCACAUAAUCCUGGAGAGGGCCUCGGAGCUGGGCAUGCUGUCGGUGUACUACACGUACAUAUUCACAUCUCUGGAGUUCUCCCUGCUGCGAUUGGAUGAUGUGGCUGACCGGCGGGUGAACAUCGUUGGCUUUUCCAUCUUCAACCGCACCCACCCCUUCUUUCAGGACUUCCUGCUCAGCCUCAAUCGCUCAUGGCAGGAGAACUGUGACCACGCCCCCUUCGCGGGGGCACCGCUGUCCUCUGCACUCCUGUACGAUGCGGUGCAUGCUGUGGUGUCUGCCGUUCGCCAGCUCAACCGCAGCCAGAGUGUCGGAGCAACGCAGCUCUCCUGCAAGUCCUCCAAGAUCUGGGAGCACGGAACCAGCCUCAUGAACUACCUGCGGAUGGUAGAAUUGGAAGGUCUAACUGGCCACAUCGAAUUCAACAGCAAGGGCCAGCGCUCCAACUAUGCCUUGAGGAUAAUGCAGAACAGCAGAGAGGGCCUAAGGCAGAUCGGUCAGUGGCAUUCCGAGCAGGGAUUGUCCAUGGAGAGGAAGCUGCCCUCCCUGAACGUGACUGACAGUCUGUUCAACACCACCCUCAUUAUCACGACCAUCCUGGAGAACCCGUAUGUGAUGUUGCGGCAGAACCACCAGGAGCUGGAGGGGAAUGAUCGCUAUGAGGGCUUCUGCGUGGACAUGCUGAAGGAGCUGGCUGCCAUUCUCAAGUUCAAGUACCGCAUCCGGCUGGUGGCUGACGGAGUGUACGGCGUCCCUGGGGCCAACGGCACCUGGACCGGCAUGGUGGGAGAGCUCAUCUCCAGGAAAGCCGAUCUGGCCGUGGCUGGACUGACCAUCACCGCAGAGAGAGAGAAGGUCAUUGACUUCUCCAAGCCCUUCAUGACCCUGGGAAUCAGCAUCAUGUACCGUGUGCACCUGGGUCGUAGGCCGGGUUACUUCUCCUUCUUGGACCCCUUCUCCCCCGGAGUCUGGCUCUUCAUGCUCCUGGCCUACCUGGCUGUCAGCUGCGUCCUCUUCCUGGUCGCCAGGCUGACCCCCUAUGAGUGGUGUACUCCCCAUCCCUGCUUGAAGGGGCGCUGUAACCUCCUCAUUAACCAGUACUCCCUGGGAAACAGCUUCUGGUUCCCUGUGGGCGGCUUCAUGCAGCAGGGCUCCACGAUCGCUCCCCGCGCCCUGUCAACACGUUGCGUCAGUGGAGUGUGGUGGGCCUUCACCCUCAUCAUCAUCUCCUCCUACACGGCCAACCUGGCGGCCUUCCUCACCGUGCAGAGGAUGGAGGUGCCCAUCGAGUCGGUGGAUGACCUGGCCGACCAGACGGCCAUCGAGUACGGCACCAUGCAUGGCGGCUCCACCAUGACCUUCUUCCAGAACUCGCGGUACCAGACAUACCAGCGCAUGUGGAACUUCAUGCACUCCAAGCAGCCCAGCGUGUUCGUGAAGAGCACGGAGGAGGGCAUCGCCCGGGUGCUCAACUCCAACUACGCCUACCUGCUGGAGAGCACCAUGAACGAGUACUACCGCCAGCGUAACUGCAACCUCACCCAGAUCGGCGGCCUGCUGGACACCAAGGGCUACGGCAUCGGCAUGCCUGUCGGCUCUGUGUACCGGGACGAGUUUGACCUGGCCAUCCUCAAACUGCAGGAGGACAACAGGCUGGAGAUUCUGAAAAGGAAGUGGUGGGAUGGGGGCAAGUGCCCCAAAGAGGAGGACCACCGGGCCAAAGGCCUCGGGAUGGAAAACAUCGGCGGGAUUUUCGUGGUGCUGGUGUGUGGGCUACUCGUUGCCAUCCUCAUGGCAGUGCUGGAGUUUGUCUGGAUGCUGCGACAGAGCCCCGGAACGGAGGUGUCGGUGUGUGAGGAGAUGUUGCGGGAGCUGCAGGGGAUCGUUCUGUGCCAGGACAGCCUGCAGCUACGACGCCGUCGGGGGGCGGGGCCCCAGCGGCCUCGGCCCCUCCCCCCACGCGGGGGCGGAGCCGCCAGCCUGAGUAACGGGAAGCUGUGUGGCGGGUUGGGCGUGGUGCCGGAGCCGCUAGCGCAGCGGCUGGUGCAGGAGGCGGGGCUGGCGGUGAGGGGGUGCAGCCACGUCAGGAUCUGCCCCGAGUGCCGGCGUUUCCAGGGACUGCGGCCCCGCCCGGCAACGGGGGGCGGAGCCUCACCCGCCCCCAGCGACGACAGCAUCGAGUGGGAGAAAGCCAGCAACAGCAGCGAACCCGAAUAACCCCGAGCAGACGGGCCUGCGCAGACGGGCUGCUCAAAGGGCUGCGCGGGGCUCAGACUGGC